AUGCAUCCGUCCUGUUGGAGUGUUUUCCUAUUGGUGUUUGCCUUCGCCAUCGGAACGAUCGAUGCCAUCACGUACCAGUGCGAUCAUUACGAGGGUGACACGUACAACCUGCGCUACUGCGCCCUGUUCGGGGUGAACAUUGUGCACGAUGCGGAGGACGUGGACUUCCUGUCGGAUUACCCGCGCCCCUACCGGUUCGAGUUUUUCCAAUCAAACCUCACCGAAAUACCGCGCACGCUGUUUUCCGUGUUUCCCGAGAUGCAGUCGGUCGAUCUGACCGGGACGGGCGUCGAGAACAUCAACAAGUUUACGUUUGAGAACGCGAAGCAGUUGCAAACGAUAUACCUACGCGAGAACAAGCUGACCACGUUGAACAACUUCAUCUUCAAGGGUUGCGAUCGUUUGCUAUGGCUCGAUCUUUCACGCAAUCAGCUGAGCGAGCUGAAGGAAAAAGCGUUCUACGAGAUCCCUGCUCUGGCCACGCUCGAUCUUAGCUGGAACCAGCUGGAAAAGCUGCCGCAGGAUGUGUUUUCUACGCUGGCAAAACUCACAUCCCUCGACCUGAGUCACAACCGACUGACCGGGCUGAGUGAUUCAACGUUCCGGUCGAACCCUUUGAUAACGCUGGACCUGAACUUCAACCGGCUUCUGCGUCUUGGUGCGGACCUACUCUCCAGCUUGAACUCCCUGACAUCGCUGAACUUGAAGGGGAAUGUCCUGAAGAACAUCACCCUCCCCUCCGCUCCUAAGAACAUCGAUCUGGCGGAAAACAAUCUAACGAUGAUCCUGCUCGAGCCGCGCCCAUAUACGGUCGUUUGGUUGAACCUUUCCACCAACGCUCUCUCCAACGUCGCCAACGUUUCCGUCCUGAACAAUCUCAGAACGCUCGACCUGUCCUUCAACAGUCUCAACACACUCCCGUUGACGACAUUCCUCUCUUUGAAGGUCCUAAACACGUUAAACCUGGAGUCGACUAACCUUACAUCGCUCGAGCACGGAAUCUUUUCGCAGCAAACCGACCUACUCUGGCUGGAUGUGUCCUUCAAUCGACUUCAGACGUUCGAUUUGAGCGUGCUGACAGCAGCCUCGAAGCUGGAACGUCUCCACCUCGACGGCAACUACCUAACAGCGCUCGAGUACCGAUGGAUCCCCGAACUGUUCCCCUCGCUCACCUAUUUGGGGUUGUUCGCCAACCGCUGGAACUGUUCGUACCUGAUCGAGCUGAUACGCUACUGCCGACAGAAGUCGAUCAGCGUAUCGCCCCUGAAGGACUACGGCACGGUGCUGCAUAUGACGAACGUGCAGGGAAUCUACUGCCUUGGUUCGUCGGGAGCACAACUACCCUCCGCCCGUCCAGUGCAACACGUCUGGGAAAAGGAGUCCUCGAGCAGCAGCGAAUCGGAGGAAGACAGCACGGAAACAACCACCGUUUCGUCCGAUCAGCUGCUCGAAAUGAUACGCCAGCUAAACCAAACGACGCUGCAGCGAAUGCUGCUGAUGGAAGGCGUACAGCAAGCGAUCCAGCCCAUGAAUGCCCAACCGUCGGAUACCUCUUGCACGGCGAUGCACGCGUACAGCUAUCAGAUCUUCAUCCUGCUGAUCCUGUCGGCCAUACUGAUCCUCAACAUUGCCUUUCUGCUGUGGGUGCAGCACAAUGCGAACGCGCGCCGGGCCGUGGAUCAAAUGAUCGUGUUCCGUCGCGAACAUGGCGGCUCCAUACAAACGGCCUUGAACGGGGAUUUUUAGGUUAGGGAGUGUCUCGAGCGCGAGAGAUGCAUUGGAAUGUAUU